GAACAUGUGCGGACAACAUGGCUGCCCCCAGCCCGCUGCUUCCGGAGGCUUGUGGGAGUAGCCCUGACAAGUUCCUGUGCCUCAGUGGACUCGCGCUCGGGGAGCUCAGCAGGGCAGCGGCUGGAGAGAAAGCCAUGGGGACUGUGCAUGCCCGGAGUCUGGAGCCCCUGCCGGCCAGUGGGCCUGAUUUUGGAGGAUUAGGUGAAGAAGCUGAAUUCGUUGAAGUUGAACCUGAAGCUAAACAGGAAAUUCUGGAAAACAAAGAUGUGGUUGUUCAGCAUGUUCAUUUUGAUGGACUCGGAAGGACGAAAGAUGAUAUCAUCAUAUGUGAAAUCGGAGAGGUUUUUAAGGCUAAGAACCUCAUUGAGGUAAUGCGGAAAUCUCAUGAAGCGCGUGAAAAGUUACUCCGUCUCGGAAUUUUUAGACAAGUGGAUGUUUUGAUUGAUACAUGUCAAGGUGAUGAUGCGCUUCCCAAUGGGCUAGAUGUCACCUUUGAGGUGACCGAGUUAAGGAGGCUGACAGGCAGUUACAACACCAUGGUGGGGAACAACGAAGGCAGCAUGGUCCUUGGCCUCAAACUCCCCAAUCUGCUAGGACGUGCAGAAAAAGUGACUUUUCAGUUUUCCUAUGGAACAAAAGAAACGUCCUAUGGCCUGUCCUUCUUCAAACCGCAGCCCGGGAACUUCGAGAGAAAUUUCUCUGUAAACUUAUACAAAGUCACCGGACAGUUCCCGUGGAGCUCGCUGCGGGAAACAGACCGAGGCGUGUCAGCCGAAUACAGCUUUCCCAUAUGGAGGACCAGCCACACCGUUAAGUGGGAGGGCGUGUGGCGGGAGCUGGGCUGCCUCUCCAGGACCGCGUCCUUCGCCGUGCGGAAAGAGAGCGGACACUCGCUGAAGUCGUCCCUCUCGCACGCCAUGGUCAUCGACUCUCGGAAUUCUUCCAUCUUGCCCAGAAGAGGAGCCCUGCUGAAGGUGAACCAGGAGCUGGCGGGCUACACCGGCGGGGACGUGAGCUUCCUAAAGGAGGACUUUGAGCUGCAGCUGAACAAGCAGCUUGUGUUGGACUCGGUGGCAUCCGCUACCCUGUGGGGUGGAAUGUUGGUGCCCAUCGGGGACAAGCCAUCCAGCAUCGCUGACAGGUUUUAUCUCGGAGGACCCACGAGUGUCCGCGGAUUCAGCAUGCACAGCAUCGGGCCCCAGAGUGAAGGGGACUACCUGGGUGGCGAGGCGUACUGGGCCGGCGGCCUGCACCUCUAUACCCCGCUGCCCUUCCGGCCCGGCCAGGGUGGCUUCGGAGAGCUGUUCCGAACCCACUUCUUCCUCAACGCGGGAAACCUCUGCAACCUCAACUAUGGGGAGGGCCCCCGAGCCCACAUCCGCAAGCUGGCAGACUACAUCCGCUGGUCGUACGGCGCGGGCAUCGUGCUCAGGCUGGGCAACAUCGCGCGGCUGGAGCUGAACUACUGCAUCCCCAUGGGCGUGCAGCGGGGCGACAGGAUAUGCGAUGGCGUCCAGUUCGGAGCUGGGAUAAGGUUCCUGUAGCCGUGCUCCCUCCCCUCUGGGUGCCCACCCUCCCGGAGUCCUCGCAGCUGAGCGAGCAGACCUGUCAAUAAAUGGUACUGAGGAGCACUUGCCACAGCGGGCUCUGGUUUGCUUUCAGCAACAGCACGUCCUGCACCGCCCUCUCCCGGAUGCCUGGCUCUCCUCUGGCACAACAGGCAUCUCCAGAUUCCUUGUCCUCCUGGCUCCUGGGGUCUCCCCCUGGGGUCCUACAGGCCAGAGUGUUUGGCGGAACUGGGGACACAGCUUGCUGCCAGCCCUGUGUGUGCCAGCUGAGGUCAUAGGAGGCCACAUCUGUUGGUAUAAAGGGUCACGUGUGUGGGGAGGGGUGACAUGGGAGAAGUCACCACACUGAUGCUGGGGACACUGAGACAAGCAGGGGAAAUGUGUCAUCGGUAGACUGAUGGCAGCCACCUGAGAUUCAGGCCACAAACCCAGAGGCUUGGACCUCGCAGACUUGGGGCUGAUGUGGGGCUCGUGGUGGAGCGCUUAUCUGGCACAUGAGGGCGCUGGCUUCGAUCCUCAGCACGGCAGAGAAAAAACAGACACGAACACAGGUUCAUCCUCCAGGGAGGUCAGAAGCCCAGAGCAGGUCUUGUGGGCCAGAGGCCCGGUGGAGAAGCUGUGGUCGGCCUUCCCAGGCCCCAGCCUCCGCCCUCACGCCAGCUCUCCACCUCUGCUCUCUCAGUGACCCUGGUGAUGGUUUAGGCCUCCAGAUACUCCAGGGUAAUCUCACUUAAGGCCAGCCAGUGAGCGCCCAGAAUUCCCCUGCAGCCUUCUGUGCCCUGUUUCAGGGUGCAGCUGUCAGCCCUGCAUGUGUUCAGGGUGUGGGCUCAGCACCGUUUGGAUUCUAGAAUCCUCGGACGCUCGAGUCCCUCGUUUACGUGUACAGAACUGUGUAUCUCCAGCCCAUAUUUAUAAAGGCACAGUGUUUAUGUAACCUAUACACGUCUUGUAGACAGUAAAUCGCCUUUGGCUAACUUAGGACACCUAGGUCAGUGCAAGUGCUCUGAGCGUAGUUGUUACGGUGAACUGCUUAGGGAAUAGUGACGAGAAAGGUCUGUUCCUGAUCGGUACAGAAGCAGUUUUCUUCCUGAAGAUCUUCAGUCCAGGGUUGGCUGCAUCCGUGGACACAGAAGCGGUGGAUGCGGAGAGCUGACUGUUCUUCCGGUCCGUCAUUAGGGUGUGGGCGUGGAAGGCUCCACCCUCCCGGCCCCCGGGCGCCACCUCUGGCUGGUUCCCGCUACUGCAUUCCCAUCCCCUGUCCUGGCCGCCCCGAGCCUCUAUGGUCAAAGUAUGCAGUGAACGUUGAGAUAAAAUGUAUUACAGUAAAAGUCAUCCCCGUAAGUUGUCCUCAGAACCCUUCCUGCCUUGGUUCAAACGCUCGUCCCAUCGCUCUUGCCACUUUCUGAAGCGGUCACCAAAGUCCUUUGCUCCGCGUGUCUUCACGCGGUGUGAUCAGCCGCUGCUGCCAUCUGCCAGAAAGGCAGCUUGUAAAGACGUGACACCGUCUUCCGGCUUAUUCAGCAGACCUGGCACCGUGCAACUUCUGGCCCUUUCCAGAGUCAGAAGGACCAAGAGGGAGUAUUUUGAAUUGACUCACAUCAAGUCAGCCAGGAGAGCGCAGCUCAAGACACUCAGCGAGCACCUCCAGAACUGCUGCAGAGGGCGGCACGAAGGAAGGGCUGAGUGGUCCAGGGCAAGAGUAGAUAUUUGGAGGGGAAUCAGCAGUGUGUCUUUUACUGUUAAUACAGUGCUUAAGAUUUCAACGCUCACUGUAUUUUUCGGUCACACCUUAUGUUCGAUGGGGGUGGUUUUGGGGACAGACAUCGGAAAAUGAGCCCCGGUUUGGGGCCCUGGUGGCUGUUGGCCAGGUCUGCUCCUUUCUUCUGGGACUCAGGUUUUUCUGCUAUCAGGAAGACUCGGGUGCAGCACCUCCCAGCUCUGCGGCACAGCCUGGGGCCCCACCGGUGGGCUUUCUGCCUCCCAGGGUAGAUGCUGGCGGACUCCCAGCGCCCGGGGUGUUUUGCCCUCUCCAGGAAGUGACGUGCAGGGCAGCAGACAGACUCGGUGGAGAUUCCGGCGCACUGUCAGCGGCCUUCACAAAACCCUGAGGUCCGCGCUGCAGCAUGCGGGCUGCUAAAGCCUGUUCAUGGCACCCGGCAUUUGGGCCCCUGGAGUGAUAACUACAUAGAACGUCUUUGCCUUCAUUUUAAUCUUUGAAAUAAUUUCAUCAGAUGAUUAUAUAUCACAGCAGUCCUCAAACUAAGUGGGCUCUGGACCCCUCAGCGCUGUCAGGAUAAUUACAGGUCCCCCAGAGCUUUUGUUGA